AUGGUCCAGAAUGCGGUCUCGCGCGCCACAAAGAAUGAGCUGCAUGUCGACCCUCUACGAGUAGUGGCCAAGGAGAUGAAGUUUCUCACCAGCAACAUUCGGCAGCUUCUCGGCUCCGGCCACCCUUCGCUUGACCGUGCUGCAAAGUACUAUACACAGGCAGAGGGCAAGCACGUUCGACCCUUGAUUGUCCUUCUCAUGUCCCGGGCAACAUCGCUAUGUCCCAAAGCGCCAAACUCGCCAGCGUCCGAGACAAACGCCAGCAUCAACACGUCAUUAUCACCAACCAAUGUCCUGGCCGACGUGAACCCCUCCUCCUCACUUACAGCCUUCUCUUCAAGUCCAGAAUCUACCGACAGCGACAUCUUGCCCGCGCAGAGAAGACUGGCUGAAAUCACAGAGCUCAUCCACACUGCAUCGCUCCUGCACGACGAUGUACUGGACCAUUCUGUUGCCCGGCGAGGAUCGCCAUCAGCAAACUUGGAGUUCGGCAACAAGAUGGCAGUUCUGGCCGGAGAUUUCCUCCUGGGACGGGCCUCUGUCGCGUUAGCACGUCUGCGACAUGUCGAGGUUGUUGAGCUUCUAGCUACCGUCAUCGCCAACCUGGUAGAAGGCGAGUUCAUGCAGCUCAAGAACACAGCUCGGGACGAACGCAAUCCCAAGUGGUCCGAGGAUAUUUUCACGUACUACUUACAAAAGACAUAUCUCAAGACUGCGAGUCUGAUAUCAAAGUCCUGCCGGGCGGCGGCUCUUCUGGGAAGGACAGAUGCCGAGACAGUCGAGGCGGCUUAUCAGUACGGCCGGAAUCUUGGCCUCGCUUUCCAGCUUGUUGACGACAUGCUGGACUACACCCGAUCCGCCAAGGAUCUCGGCAAGCCUGCUGGCGCUGAUCUGGAGCUUGGCUUGGCCACAGCACCACUCCUCUUUGCCUGGAAGGCAAACCCCGAGCUUGGUGCUCUGGUUGGACGGAAAUUUGAGCAGCCAGGAGAUGUUGAGCUGGCGCGGGAUCUCGUUCUCCGAUCCGAUGGCAUCGAACAGACACGGGCCUUGGCUGAAGACUACGCACAGCGUGCCAUCGCUGCGAUUAGCACAUUUCCGGAUAGCGAGGCCAAGGAUGGCUUGGUCGAGAUGGCCAUGAAGACGCUCAAGCGCAACAAGUAG